AUGGACGAAGAGACUUCUAAGGAGCUUCAGAAGAAUAACUGGGGUACUAUUGGCUCUCACAUCGAUUCUGUUAUUGCCAACCUAGAUGACUUCAAUUUAGUGAAUUCUUUCAAAAGUCUAUUAGAUGUUAAUGUAAUACGUGGUAAGAGGCUUGUCGUUAGGUACAUUCUCAAAUAUCAGGCUCAAAAUGACAGACCUAUCGUUUAUGCCGCCCUUUCUAGCAUGCUCAAUGCAGAACUGGCGGAAUUUGGUGAGAUUUUGACCCAAGAGGCAACUGUAAGGUUCAUAGAUGGAUAUCGAGAGAUGGAUAAUCGUAAGGCUAUGACUAUGGUUACAUUUUUAGCAGAGUGCUUUAACUAUGAAAUGAUUCAUGAAAUUGUGGUGCUUCAGCUGCUACAUAUCCUUCUAGAGAACCUGGACGAUAUGUCACUAGGUAUCGUCAUUCAACUACUUCGUACAUGUGGUAAAAGGUUGUUAGAAGUGAGUAAGACUGCACAUAAUAUGGUUUUCGAAAAACUGAGGGAAGUUCUACAGAGUGGUACCACUUCAAAACCAAUAUCUCAAUCGUUGGAAUCGUUAUUUGAUCUAAGAAGGUCAAACUACCAAGAAAUGCAGGGGGCAGGAUUAAGCUUACCAGACAAUUUGGGAACCAAUAUGCAUACAUUCAUGAUUGAUGGAGAAGAUAUACGAAAGCAUUCCAAAUUAUUGGGUACAUUUGAAUUUGAUCCAAACUUCUUGGAAACCGAAAGGGACUACGAAGAUUGGAAAAACAGUAUACUUUCUAAAUUUCACCUUGACCAAGAGGAGGAAGGACAAGAACAGCGAGAUGAACCACAACCCCUAGUAGUCAAAGAUAUGACUUCCAAUGAGGAAAUCGAGUUCAAAAAGAAAAUUUACCUAAUUCUUAAAAGUUCCCUGUCUAGUGAUGAAGCCGCCCAUAAAAUUAUUCAGAAAAGAAUACCAGAUAAGCAAAAGUAUCGGGUGGUAGACAUCAUAAUCAAAUCGAAUUACCAGGAAGCGACCUAUUCUAAAUUUUACGGUUUAUUGAGUGAAAAACUAUGUGCAAGUCAUAGAAGUUGGAAACCAGCAUUCGAACAAAUAUUUACAGAAAACUAUCAAGACUGCGACGAAUUGGAGCCGGCACAACUAAGAACGUUGGGCAAGUUUUGGGGUCAUCUCUUAGCCUCUGAUUAUUUGGGAUUUGAAGUGUUUAAUAACGUUCAUCUCAAUGAAGAAGAGACAAAUCCUCCACAAAGAAUUUUACUCAAGUUUAUCCUGCUAGAAUUGGUAGCCGAACUGGGCAUUGAUCAACUACAGGCUAGAUUUCAAGAAGAAUACAUUCGGCCAUUCGUACAGGGUCUGUUUCCUCAGCAAAAUGCAUCAAACAUUAGAUAUUCGAUCAAUUAUUUUACUGCAAUUGGGCUGGGUGUUCUUACAGAGCAAAUGAGAGCAUUGUUGACUAUUGUUCAAAGUAACGAGCUGGCGACCCCGCCUGUGGGGUUCAACUCCCCACAAGCAUCGCCAGAUACUACAGCUCAGCCUAGUAAUGAACCUUUUAGGCGGAGCAAAAUAAGUCAAGAUAGAGCCAGGACUAGAAAUAGGUCGAGAUCAAGAACACCGCCAAGAAGAGCUAGGAAUCGGUCAAUUACACCUCCCAGAAGGAGAAACAGAUCAAGAAGUCCAUGA